UUAGUGUUACGUCGAAGGUGAUAGGCGCGCGAGCUCUUGCUGAAUAGAAACUAAAUCUAUGAUGUAAUCCAAGGACUUACUUGACGGGCGAUUGUAGUUUGUAUGUGGUAUUGGCAAAAUACGCGAGUGCAUUGCUGGUUUUGUUCAAGUAUUUUAUAUUAGUAAAUCUAAAUUUAAUCAGAUAGUGUGUGAUUUGACUGGACAUACAAAUUUUGGAUACGCCGCCAAUAAGGAAUAUUUAAUUUUGUUGAAUCGAGCUAUUGUUUUUCUCUUGAAACAUCAUAUUUCACUAGAUGAUACUACUAUUCGGCCGACUUCUUGUAUUACCGCAUGUUACCAAAAAACAUUUAAUAGCAUAUAUCUAGUGUAACCGCGACACUCCAGUUUAUAUAAUGCGAAGUCAUUUACCAUCAUAUUCUUCUCUAUCAUCGGGUGAUAGUGUAUAUUCCAACACCUAUCUACAAGAAAAUGCACGGAGUAGACAUCUCAGUCCAACAAAAAGUGGAACUACGGUUACCUCGAUGAACGAUGUGUGCGAUCGAACGGUUGUGCGGGUCAGAAGAUCUGGAUUUCACCAGGAACGGAUACGUGUAGUUUGUACUACAAGAAGGCAGCAUAUUAGUCGAUUUGUAAAGGUUUCUGACGUCUGUCACACUUUACCGCCAGUUAGGAAGCAUGUCACCGUUGUCAGCUUUCCACCAAAAAUGGAAAGGUCGCAAGUCGCCAGUGCAUUGGGAUCAUCGGACAAUAUCCAGGAACAAACUUACAUACAGGCGCCAAAUUUCGCACAAAAUCAAAAUUAUGCCACUUCAGCUGCUAGUCCUGUAUAUUGCAGACCAUCGCCUAGUAAUCCGGGUUACGUUUCAGUGGUCCAACCUCUACAUAAAAAAGGAUCAUUGAGAAAUGGUGAUAUUCUGAAACGCUCCAGAGUUCAAGCUACAUAUGAAUUAUCGCAAGACAUAUUAGACAAACAAAUAGAAGUUUUAGAAAGAAAAUAUGGUGGUGUUAAAGCACGAAAUGCCGCACUUACUAUCCAAAGGGCGUUUAGACGAUACACGCUUCUUAAAAAAUUUGCAGCUAUUACUGCCAUGGCCAAAGCCGAAAAGCGAAUAAGUCGAAGAUUGCCGCCAUCCAAUGAAGAAAAUAAGUGUACAGGAGAUUCUUCAGACCAACAGUGUUCAGAAUAUAUGCGUAGUAGUUUUGACGGGCACGAUUACAAUAAUAUGAGAUUGCUUCCUGUUAGAUCAAUGUCAUUACGUGAAAGACGGAAUGUAGAUAGCAUGCCAAUUCCCAGAAGCCAAUCUGGUACACCGACUGGAUGCUGGGAAAAUUAUUCUUCUACUUCUUCAUUGCAACAUUACUAUUCUCCAGGUGAUAUGAAGUCCGAAUCUUUAGGAUCGCAUAUAACUGGAAGUCCAAGUUCCUGUAGUACCCCAACAACUUCUUCUAAUGGGUAUAUUAGGGCACGUAGCAGCUUAAGCAAUAGAAAAGUUCCACCAGAAGUACCAAAGAGAACAUCGAGCAUUACUUCUCGGUCUAUCGAACAAGGUAGACAUAAAUCAAAUGGUUUAUCAAAAACUGCCGAAAAUGGUUCAUUAUCUAGUGUUCAAAGUUCAGGUAGCGACAGUAGCAUAUCAACAGACAGAAUUCAAUGUGAAUUCUCAGGUUCGCCGGUAUGGAAAAGAAAAGGAAAUCACGGAUCCGAAUAUGCUGAACCAACAUUAGAAACUAGCCUGGGCAAUAUUUCUAAUGCCAGCUCUUCUAGUUAUACUUUAGUCGAAAGAUCAUCUGAUGCUCAGGGUCCUCAGAGUUACAAGAUAUCGGAGACAAUCAGAAAGCGGCAAUAUCGAGUGGGUCUCAACCUUUUCAAUAAAAAACCUGAAAAGGGUGUAGCUUAUUUGAUAAGGAGAGGUUUUCUGGAAAAUUCGCCACAAGGCGUUGCGCGAUUCCUGAUAUCCCGUAAAGGUUUAAGCAAGCAAAUGAUCGGUGAAUAUUUGGGAAAUUUGCAAAGUCCGUUCUGCAUGGCCGUUUUGGAAUGUUUUGCUUCCGAAUUGGAUUUGUCUGGCAUGCAGGUAGACGUAGCCUUGCGAAAAUUCCAACAACAUUUCCGUAUGCCAGGAGAAGCGCAAAAAAUUGAACGACUUAUGGAGAUUUUCUCUCAACGAUACUGCCAAUGCAAUGUGGAUAUUGUUACAAGAUUACGUUCGCCAGACACUAUAUUUGUUUUGGCUUUUGCAAUAAUAAUGUUAAACACUGACUUGCACACACCAAAUAUUAAACCAGAAAGGAGAAUGAAAGUAGAAGAUUUCAUUAAAAAUCUUCGUGGUAUCGAUGACUGUGGGGACAUUGACAGUGAUAUAUUGAAUGGAAUUUAUGAAAGAGUUAAAGCAAAUGAAUUUAAACCUGGAUCUGAUCAUGUUACUCAAGUCAUGAAAGUCCAAGCCACUAUAGUAGGAAAGAAGCCAAACAUGGCAUUACCGCACCGUAGAUUAGUUUGCUAUUGCAGAUUAUAUGAAAUUCCUGAUAUAAACAAAAAGGAGAGACCGGGUGUUCACCAAAGAGAAGUUUUCUUGUUCAAUGAUCUUCUAGUUAUAACAAAAAUAUUAAGCAAAAAGAAAUCUUCAGUCACUUAUACAUUUAGAAAUAGUUUUCCUUUGUGUGGGAUGGUUGUUACUCUAUUUGAGGUUCCACAUUAUCCAUAUGGUAUAAAGCUUAGUCAGAGAGUUGAUCAAAAAGUGUUAGUUACAUUUAAUGCAAGAAAUGAACAUGACAGGUGCAAAUUUGCUGAAGAUUUAAAAGAAGCUGUAAGUGAGAUGGAUGAAAUGGAAAACCUAAGAAUAGAGGCUGAAUUAGACAGACAGAAGUCUAAUAGGGGUAACAGAUCUGGAACGGAAAAUAGAGAUAGUGGUGUUGCAGAUGUGGAAGUAUACCCGUGCCACCAAUGUCCUUGCUCACAGAACCCUACAUUAGGUCAAUCACAAAAUUGUACCGACGAAGUUCAACAUGACACACAAAUAAAACGAUCCGCUCUGAGUAAUUCACUGUUGGAUAUACACGAACAAUUUGCAGGAGAAAAAGCCCAAAGACGUGGAAGCGUGGGAUCACUCGAUAGCGGCAUGUCGGUAUCGUUUCAAUCAACUUCGACCAGCACCUGUUCUAGAUCAGAUAAGAUGGCCGGAAAACAGGGAAAACCAGGAAUGCACCACCACCAAGGAUUUUUAGGAAGCUUAUUCAACAAACGACAUACUAGUGGCAACAAUAUUACCCCGAAAUCUACAGAGGUAUAACGAAGAAGUCCAUUUCCAGGCAAAAUUCACUUUUUGUAAAUAAUUUAAUUCUUUAAUUAUUAUUUAUUGAAAAAUUAUGUUACAUAUUCUUACCAAUUAAUAAUUCGUACCUAAUAUACAAUUAAACAAAAUCUAAUUCUUGAAAAAUAAUACAAAAUUAAGAGUAAAUAAGUGAGUGUAUGAACACGAAAUAAAUAUAUAUAAUUAUUCCAUUCUUAUAGGUGUUAUUGUUAAAUUUUUGUUGCACUCUUUUUUUUACUAAUAAUUGGCUUAUAGCACUAGUCACUUAAUAUUAUACCUGUAGAAAAUUAAGAAUGAAAUAUGCUAUAUUUGCGAAUUUUUAUAGGGCUAGCUCCUCUUUUAUUCUAAAAAAUUCAAAUCUUAAUUCAAAAAUUAAAAAAUUUAAAAAUUUGAAGCAUCCAUUGUUUUUGAACAUAGUGGCACAAUACAUAGAAUCGCUCAAAUAUUCAAAAUUAAAACGAAUAGAUUUUACUAAAAUCAAAAGCCACUCUAAAGGUCUUUUUAAAAUGUUUCUUUCAAUUCAACUAGCCUCUGUUUCUCUCAGGUAUUUAAGAAUAUUUUCUCGUAAGGAUGUAUUCUUGUAAUGAUGGCUGCAAAUGAAUGUUCUGAAAAUAAUUCAGAAGAUUCACUACAAGUACUGAAUUACGUCUGCAUGUUUCGAGAUAUAAAUUUGAGAGGUUAACCUUUUCUUAGUUAUGACUCACAAAGGUUUUGAUGCCGAUGUGAUGUGUCUACAUUCCAAUUUUUUUUUCACAGCAACAAAAAUAUUUUCAAAUUCACCAGUUAGAUUAGUUAGAGAUUUGAUUCUUAAAUACUUGUUGUGGACAAUGAAAAAUUAAGUCCUUUGUUUUAAUAUGGGACUCACACCUCAGUUCAUUUUCUUGCAGUAUCACCGGAAAACAUCCUUAUGAAUUUCCAAAAAUGAUGCAGAAUUAUUUUUCUUAAAUAAAUAAGUAAUUUGGCUUUAAUUUAGCUGUACAGGGAAUAAUGGACACUUAUUUUGAAUCUUAGGCGUCUAUUCUCUAAUAUAUCCUAUAUUUAAAGUUAUUUUUUGACUACCAUGUAUAGAUUACAGCAUACCCAGCAACUAAUAAUUAAAAAAAUAUAUUUCCUUUUUUUAUUCUGUUGUAGUUUUAGGCCGAUUUCGAAGAAUAUGUUUUUUUCCCUGAAUACUUUUCGUUUCAAAGUUGAUCGCUAUGCUCAAUUAUCAAAUAAUAUAGUGGAUUUUAUUAUCAUCUACUGAAACAAAUAAAAUAAUUGCGUUACUGAUACUUGAUAAAGAAACAUACCCCAUAUCAAAUUGUUAUUCUACAUUUUAAUUAAUCCAGAUAAUUCCGUGAUACGUGUAUUUUUUUUAUAAAUGUAAUAUUUUUUUAGUAUUGUUCCAUUGUAACAUAAAAAAAGGAUGAAUUUAUUUAUAUUAUUUAUAGGUACCUUGGUGUAGUUAACAAACCAUUUCGAUUUCCUACACUAAAAAGCAUUUACCAUUGAAGAGUGUGCGGAAAAAAAGUAUUGGGUAUACUCUUUUUAGAAAAAAUGUCUACCUGUAAAAAUCUUGAAUUUAUAUUUCAAGACCGCUGACCUACUAGCUAAUUUAUUGAUGUUUUUUCAUAAUCACGCUGUAUAUAAUAGUUUCCUGUUGAAUAGGUAGCAAUUUUUAGGUCCAUCAGGUGUUGUGUAUAGAAGUUACUGUGACGGUCCAUAGUUUAAUAUUCACUCUCGAAUAAACCAGCUGUUUACUUAGUGAUUUAACUACAUAUAUAUUAAAAAACUAAUUUGUUUGUAUUUGAAACAAGUUUUUUCAUGUUUGAACCCUAAAAAAGUUCUUGAAAAUCAAAAUAAAUGAAUAUUGAAUUGUUAUACCAUAGCGAUUUCUAUUCCAACCAAAAGUAGUAGUACCUAUAUGUAUACUUUGAAUUUGUUCAUUAGCUUGAAAAUGGGUAGAACAAUAAAAAAUUUGUUUUUGAUAAUAAUAUGUAUAUGCUUUCAUUGUAAUAUUGAUUGGCUGUAUCAGUUCUAAUGUUAUUCUUAUCUGUAAAUAAUUAUAAUAAUACCAACAGCAGCACCAUCAAUCACAAUAAUUGAUGAAAGCUAAACAUGUUCUAGUCGAGUGUAUAUAGUAUAUAGUUGGGAAUCUCAUGCUACUGAUAUUAAUUUAAUUAAAUGUGCAUUAUGUGUUUUUUUAACUAAUAAAUAAAUAGUUUAACUGGAA